AUGGCAAAGGGUUCAAAAAAAGGUAAUGGAGGACAGAAGUCUAAGCAACCUGUGAAAGUAGUGAAGAAAUCUCAAUCAGGGGAUGUAAAGAAGAAGGUGAAUAAUGCUGAGGCUGUAAGACAACAGAUGGAUAAGUGGAUUGAAUCAAUACAUACUCCAUUGAGGCCAACGCCUGGGAAUGUGGUGAAUCCUUCCCCCCAUCCAAUGCAACAGUUAGUGAGCAAUACAGGUAUCAAACCUCCAUUUAGAAUUAUAAAUGGAUUCAUUAGACGAGUGUGGGGAAAAUUUGGUAUUGAUCGGAUUGCAAUGGGGAGUAAUGGAGUUUUUGUAGUGAGAUUCAGGUCCAUGGAAGGGAAACAAAAAGCUGUAGAUGAUGGACCUAUCUUAUAUGAUAGGAAGCCAGUAAUUGUGAAGAACUGGUCACCUAAGUUGGAUCUUAUGGCUGAGGAAGUGAAGUAUUGGGGUCCUUCUGCUUUGAAUAAGAUUACUAGCCUUAUUGGGAAGCCAAUAAGAACUGACCGAGCUAUAGCCCAGAAAGACAUAUUGGAAUUUGCACGAAUCUUAGUUGAAGUUCAUCUGGACUGUUGUUUUCCUGAAGAGAGAAGGUUUAUGAAUGAGAAGGGGGUGAGUGUCACCCAGAAGGUUGUGUAUGAGUGUAGACCAACAUUUUGUGGUGAUUGUGGGAGCAUUGGACACACUGUGGAGGAAUGUAGGAAAAAGAAGUAUGAACUUGCGUUGAAGAAAGUGAAGCCUAGGCAAGUAUGGGUGGAGAAGAACAAGAUUGUAGGUGCAAGUAAACCUGCUAAGACUGAAGCUGGGGCACAACCUACUAUUAAGCAGAAAGAAAAUAUUGAGCAGGCUAUGAUGGCUGGUAAUCAGGGUGACAAGCAAGUGGAUGUUCAAACUAGAGUUGAUAUCCAGGGCCAGGUGAGUACAGAAGCUGGCACUUCAGGCCAUGAGGCUGGUGCUAGAGGUACUGAUGUAAACUUGAUGCAGGGUGAGGAGCUGCUGGUUCCUCCAAAUGGAUAA